AUGUAUUCGACGCGCUCUGUUUGGACGGCGGCUCUGCUGUCUGUCAGUCAACUGGUCUCGGCCCAGACGAUCAAGGUCGAUGGCCAAGAAAUUGCUGCCGAUAACUCCACCGUCGCUCCGGCUGCGGAGGUUGCUAAUGUCGCCGUCGCAAGCACAUCUGCUGGUCUCAACGACCAAGAGAAGGUUCAGCUGACCGAUGCUGUACUCGCCAACCUGACGACCCUCGAGUUGUCCAACAUCUCCCUUUUUGGCUUCGAUGAUGCCACCUCGGUCAACAAGAGAUCUCUCUUCGGCCGAUGCAAGACCUACCCAGGAGACAUCCUGUACCCCAGCAGUCUGAUAUGGGGUGUCUUCGACCUCCUUCUCGGUGGUGCUCUCACCAAGACCAUACCCGAAGCCUCUGUGUGCUAUGACGACUUUGGCAACUACGAUGAGGCAAAAUGCGCUUUCUUAACCACAAACUGGGUCAAUGGCUCGUAUUACCACACCGAAGAUCCCACUGCCAUCAAUGCUGUCCUCUUCGAAGGAUUGAACUGCAUGCCUCCGACCCUCAACGUCGGCGAGACUAGCUGCAAGGUUGGCGGUCUGCCUUCGUAUGUUGUCGAGGCGACCACCGUGGCUCACGUUCAACUGGCCAUCAACUUCGCCCGCAACCUCAACCUCCGCCUUGUCGUCAAGAACACCGGACAUGACUUCGGUGCCAAGUCCACCGGUGCUGGCUCGCUGUCCAUCUGGACCCACAACUUCAACGAGAUCAAGUUCUUCGAGAGCUACAAGCAGGACUCCUACAGUGGCCCUGCCUUUAAGCUCGGUGCAGGUGUUCGGGCUUUCGAGGUCUAUGAGGCAGCAAACAAGAACGGCGUCACUGCCAUCGGUGGCGAAGGUCAGACCGUUGGUGUCAUGGGUGGCUACGUCCAGGGAGGUGGCCACAGUCCUUUGUCCGGCCUGUACGGCAUGGCUGCCGAUAAUGUUCUUUCUUUUGAAGUCGUCACUGCCGAUGGCCGUUUCGUGACUGCCAGCGAGUCCGAGAACACGGACCUCUUCUGGGCCAUCCGCGGUGGUGGUGGCUCAACGUACGGUGUCGUGACAUCUGCCGUCGUUAAGGCUUACCCCAAGAUGAAGGUCAGCACCGCCACCUUUGCCUUCUCGACCGGCGACAAUGUGACCACCGACCAGUUCUGGACCGCACUGCGCCUCUACUUCGAUGGCUUCAUCGAGUAUGCCGUCGACAAUGCCAACUACGGAUACUUCCGUAUCCAGAACCUCGGCACCUCUUUCGCCUUCGACAUGGGCCCUUGGUGGGCGCCCAACAUGACAGAGGCGGAGCUCCGCAACUUGACGGCGCCUCUUCUCGCAAAGUGGGCUGAGAUUGGCCUCAACGUCGAGCCCGUCUAUACAGAGUACGAAAACUUUUAUGAUGCCUGGUCUGUCUCAUUCCCUCUCGAGCCCUGGGGAUCCAACGCGAUUCGCCAAGCCAGUCGUCUCUUUCCCAAGGCCAAUUGGGAGGACGAGACCAAGCUGAACGCCACCUUCGACGCCAUCAAGUCCGUUGUCGAGGACGGUGGCUACAUCGUCGCCUUCAACAUCUUUGCCGCACCUGAGGGAUACCCCGACAACGCCGUCAACUCUGCUUGGCGCGAGACUGUGAUGCACUGCAUCACGGCCGCCCUUUGGGAUCCCACGGCCGACGAGUCUGUCAUCAAGAACGCCAGUGACACCCUCACUUUCGACUGGAUGCAACGUUUCCGCGACGUUUCGCCCGGCGCCGGCGCAUACAUGUCUGAGUCGGACUACAUUGAGCCUGACUUCACCCAGGCCUUCUGGGGUACCAAGUACGACAAGGCUCUCGAGCUCAAGAAGAGGUUCGAUCCCAACGACGUUUUCUACGCUCAGAAUGGCGUCGGAUCCGAAAACUGGGAGAUGUCGGAGAUGAUUAUGGGCAACUUGCCCUCCCAGAACAGCAAGUUGUGCCGCAAAGAGUAG